AUGACAAGAGCAUGCAUUAGUAUUUUAGUUAUUUUAGUUGGUUCAGGGGUGAGGAAGGCGUGAAUAGGAGAAGUUCUUAAGUUGGAAAUGGCAGGUGGAGGUGAGGGUUUUGAUGUGUGGCUUAAAGGACAGGGCAGAAACCAAUGUUACUCCCAGGCAGCGGGCCUGCUAGACUAGAGAAAGUGUUGUGCUAUUAACUGUGAUGGACAGGUCAGGUAGGGGAGCAGAGUGACAUGGGGGAAAGACAAUGAAUUAAGUUUUCUCCAUGUUGAGUUUUAGGAAGCAGGAACAGAAGAAUGAAGAUAUUGCUGACAGACACGCUGGGAUUCUGGAUAGGAGGGAAGCAACAUCUGGGCUGGAGAGGUAGAUUUGAGUGUCGUCAGCAUAGAGGUGGUAUUGGAAGCCAUGGGACACUAUCGGCCUGCGACAGCUCAAUGUAUAAUUCCAGUAUGAAUUCUGGGAAGGGCAACCUCAUGUUAUCACUGAAUUAUAAAGCAGAAGAUGAAGAUAUCAUGCUGCGCUCUUCAGGAGAAAAUCUCUUUACCCUUAAUGUACAUCCACAACUUCACAGUACAGAUCUAUCACAUAAUCAACCUAUUCAUGAGGAGCCUUCUCCUGACCAGUCACAGUUUGUAACCACAAGUGCAGGUCAGGACAGGGUUAAAAGGUUUCAACACGUUGAAGAGUUGACAAAAAGAUCAAUUCUUUCUACAUACAGAAGAGUUCAUACAGGGGAGAAGCCAUACUCCUGUUCAGAAUGUGCAAAGUGCUUCAUAAAGAAAUCAAGUUUUGUUAACCAUAAAAGACUUCACACAGGAGGCAAGCUGUAUUCAUGUUCAAAAUGUGGGAAAAGCUUUACAAAUAAAUCAGAUCUUGUUGUACAUGAAAGACAUCACACAGGACCGAGACCAUAUUCAUGUUCAGAAUGUGGGACAUGUUUUAAAAAAAAAUCACAUCUUGUUAGACAUGAAAUAAUUCACACAGGAGAAAAGCCAUUUUCAUGUUCAGAAUGUGGAAAGUGUUUUACAGAUAAAUCAAAUCUUGUUAGACAUGAGAGAAGUCACACAGGAGAGAAGCGGUAUUCAUGCUCAGAAUGUGGGAAAUAUUUCACAGAUAAAUCGAGUCUUGUUUCCCAUGAGAGAAGUCACACAGGAGAGAAUCCAUAUUCAUGUAGAGAAUGUGGGAAGUGUUUUACAGAGAAAUCAAAUCUUGUUAUACAUGAGAGGAGUCACAUAGAAAAUAAACCAUAUUCAUGUUUGGAAUGUUGGAAAAGUUUUACAGAGAAAUCAAAUCUUAGUAGACAUGAAAGAAUUCAUACAGGAGAAAAGCCGUAUUCAUGCUCAGAAUGUGGAAAAUGUUUUACACAAAAAACAAGUCUUGUUUCUCACGAGAGAAGUCACACAGGAGAGAAGCCCUAUUCUUGUUCAGAAUGUGGAAAAUGUUUUAAAACUAAAUCAAAUCUUGUUACACAUGGGAGGAGUCACACGAGAGAGAAGCCGUAUUCAUGUUCAGAAUGUGGGAAAUGUUUUAAAACUAAAGCAUAUCUCUUAAUACAUGAGAAAAGUCACACAGGAGAGAAACCAUAUUCAUGCUCAGAAUGUGGGACAAAUUUUACAGACAAAUCAAGUCUUCUUAGACAUAAGAGAAUUCACGCAGGAGCGAAGCGAUAUUCAUGUUCAAAAUGUGGAAAAUGUUUUACACAAAAAUCAAAUCUUGUUAAACAUCAGAAAUGUCACACUGGAUAAAAGUACAGAUGAGUACAUGUCUUGAAAUAUGUUUUGGGUCGGAUUCAAAUAAAUAGGUCAAUAAAGGGAAUCUUUCACCAACUUUCUACUAAUAAAAUUAACUGUAAUCUCCAGCUUUAAAUUGUAAAACAAUUCCGAUCAUAAAUUUUUGUCACCAGGGUGUGCACUGAAUUUAUCCAUACCUCCCUAGUCUCCCUCUCCUCUUAUGUUGUGGUGCUUCAAUACCAAAUCUGCACAGAACAUAUCCCCGAGGCAAGAGCCCGCAAAAGGGAAUGUAACGUGGCUUGUUUCGAUCAAGCAUUCUACCUAUUUUUUGGAGCAGCAGCAGUAUAGUAUGGAACCUGACAGAUAAGCCAGGAGAUGUGCAGCUGUGUAAGGAUAGUAGAAAAGGCAGCAGGGGCAGUAGUAGCUGCAAGGCCAGCAGUACAGUAUGGAACCUGACAGACAGGAGAGGAGAUAUGUAGCUGUGUAGAGGUAGUAGUAAUGGCAGCGGGGGCAGUAGUAGCUGCAAGGGCAGCAGUACAGUAUGGAACCUGACGGACAAGGCAGGAGAUGUGUGGCGAUGUAGGGUUCGUAGCAGUGGCAGCACAGUAUGGAACAUGAUAGACAAGGCAGGAAAUGUGUCUUUACAGUUGUUAGUGAGUGUAUUGUGGAAAUAGAUGACAGAUACAGUCAGGGAACUGCACUGAAAUUCAGAAUUUCUUGGCGAGGAGACAGGGAGAAGUAGUUUCAACAUCCCCAUUGAUGAUCCAAUCUCCCCAUCGGCCUCACUUUCCUUCUAUAAUCUCCUCUCUCGGCCUCAAACAACUCACUUCCUCAUGCCUCUGCUCACUCCCUGACUUUAUUAGCUCAUGCUUUCCACUUUCUGACCACAAUCUUCUUUCCUUUACUAUACACAUCUCUCACUGUUCUCAUGACCGUCCUACUUUUUACACAUAAAGAAACCUACUCAGCAUUAACUCCCAACAGCCUAUUGGAUAAAAAGUUUAUAAAAAGGUCAUUUUUUUUUAGUUAGUCAUUAAAAGUUAUCAGCCACUGAGGAAUCUCAUUCCUUUUUGUUGUAUAUUCUAUUUACUGGGCCCCCUCUUUUGUCCACUCCCUGUUUUAUUCCCUCCUCCUUUAUUCUUCAUAUUCGAACACCAUCUUCUGACAGUAAUCUGUGCACUAAGUGUACUGGCUGAUGCAGCUCCGUCUAGUACUAAGGUGGCCGGACCACUUUAUAAAACAAUCAGUUUUACCUUUUUUGUCACCUAUUGCCUCCUAGAUUGUAAGCUCUUGUGAGCAGGGUCCUUACUUCUUGUGUUCAAAUUUGUAAAUUAGCCUGUAAUUCUGUGAUGUCUGUUUUGAUUUGUACAUGAACCUUCUG